AUGACGUCUCGCGACGCGCAGAUCGUGUCCUUGCGCAACCAAAUUGCGUCCUGCGAAGUCCAACUUCAACGGCUGCGGGACCAGCUUCUUGAAGCCGAGAACGAUCGUGAUAUCUCAUCGCGCGACACAAGUGGUCAAAUUUCACUAGGUCUAGGAGAGAUAGCUCCCGAAUCACUUCCUGCAGAGGCUUCAGAGGGUUCUUCUCAUCAGCAGAAUGGAGACAAGGUCGUAAAAUUAUGGCCGCUGGACAAGCACGAAUAUAGACGCUAUGGCCGACAGCUCAUAAUGCCAGAAAUCGGGCUAACAGGUCAACUACGUCUGAAAUCCUCCUCGGUAUUAGUGGUUGGUGCAGGCGGUUUGGGGUGCCCUGCAGCAGCAUACCUGGCGGGAGCUGGUGUAGGUAUGAUAGGGCUGAUAGAUGGAGAUACUGUAGAAGAGUCCAACCUCCAUCGACAAAUACUGCAUAGCACGGAGCGUGUCGCAAUGCCUAAGGUUGAUAGUGCUAUAGCUUCGCUAAGAUCAUUAAAUCCGACGGUCAAAUACAUCCCGUACCAUACACGUCUGACUGCAGAAAUUGCGCUCGAUAUCUUCGAGAAAUACGACGUCAUUCUCGACUGUACAGACACACCAGCAUCCCGAUAUUUAAUAUCGGACGCUUGUGUACUAUCACAGAAACCUCUCGUAUCAGCUUCCGCACUUCGCACUGAUGGCCAACUCAUGGUUCUAAACAACCCUCCACUACCUCCCGGACACGCACAAGGCGGGCCCUGCUAUAGAUGUGUUUUCCCAAAGCCACCGCCCGCAGCAAGCGUGGUGAGUUGUGGCGACGGUGGUAUUCUCGGGCCUGUUGUGGGAACUAUGGGAGUCCUGCAAGCCCUUGAGACGAUCAAAAUCAUCGCAAAAGGCAUCCAGCGGUAUUCGGACUUCGACUCAACAUACCUCCAAAAGGGCCUUCCGUCUGGAAAUAGUGUCCCUGAUCCUCAUAGGCUCUCCGAGCCACCAUCUCUACUCCUGUUCUCUGCCUUUUCCAACCCACCCUUCCGUUCAAUACGCCUUCGGACCAGGAAAGCAAAAUGCAGCGCUUGUUCCGCACAGACUACAGUUACUCGGGAAGCACUUAAGUCCGGAUCUCUCGAUUACGUACAGUUCUGUGGAGCUGUAAGUCCUGUGGAUGCCCUGGCUGCUACGGAGCGGGUAUCUGUAGAGGAAUACUCUCGGAUUCGGGAUGGCUCAAUCCCCGCCGAGGACACCAAGACUAUGCCUACGGAGCAUAUACUAGUGGAUGUCCGCGAAAAAGUCCAGUUCGAACUAUGCAAUCUAGAUGGAAGUAUGAAUAUACCUUACUCUAUUGUAGCCCGCAGUUCCUCAUCGGAGUCUGGCAAACCUUCGUCACAAGCUCCUUCAGAAGAUGACUGGGUUGCGCAGCUGCGCACCUUGGCGAAUGACAAGCCAAUAUAUGUUGUUUGUAGACUCGGAAAUGAUUCUCAACUCGCAGUUAGAAAAAUGAAAGAGAUGGGUCUUGACAGCGGUGGUACGCGUUGGAUAGGGGAUAUCAGAAAUGGAUUGAGAGCUUGGAUGAAGAGGAUAGACCCCGAUUUUCCAGAGUAUUGAUCGACGUACACGUUGGAUCACUCUCAGUGUUACUGUAUAAUAGAUUGGGAUAUUCCAUCCAAUGCAUGAUUUCAUUCUCAAUACGUACCAUUUUUAGCUGUCAAAGCCUCACUGAAUGAAUC